AUGAACUCAGGGCAACCAACAACUUCCUUAUCAUCUUCCUCCUGUUUUGCUUUCAUCUUUUCUUGUUUUAUUAUCUUUCUGAUUACUGUUUCUGGUGUCGGUAAUAAUGAGACCGAUUAUCAAGCGUUGUUGCAGUUCAAGUCGAUGAUCAGGAAUGAAGAAGCUCUAAGCUCAUGGAACUCUUCCUUUCAUUUCUGUGAUUGGAGUGGUGUUUCAUGUGGGAAGCAGAAUAAAAAAGUCACUGCUCUAUGGUUGGAGUCGCAAGGGCUAGAAGGCUCGUUGUCUCCUUAUAUAGGGAACCUCAGCUUCCUUCGUUUGUUUUCUAUCGCAAACAACAGCUUUCAAGGAACCAUCCCUCAUGAACUCGGUCGUCUAUACAGACUACGUGUCCUCGAUCUUGGCCAUAACAAAUUCAAUGGAGUCAUUCCAAGCAACUUGUCCGGUUGUUCCAAACUUGAAAGGCUUGGACUUAAUGAGAACAAGCUAGUUGGAAGCAUACCCAAAGAGAUCAGUUUCCUCUCAAAACUUACUUUUAUUGCAGUUCAUGAUAAUAAGCUAACAGGUGGAAUCCCGUCUGUUUUGGGGAAUAUAUCAAUAGAAUCCUUCAGUGCUAGUGAGAAUCCGUUGGGUGGGAGCAUUCCAGACACCAUAAGCCAUUGGAAAAGCUUAACAGAAUUUUACAUUGGUGGUUGUAACUUAAAUGGAACCAUCCCUCAUUCCAUUUUUAACCACUCACUCUUAACUCACUUUUCCAUGUCUUCAAAUCACCUAACCGGUAGUCUUCCCUCAGCUUUAGGUGCAAUGCUCCCUCGUCUUGUAUAUCUUCAGUUAUACGGUAACAAACUGACCGGACCUCUUCCAGCAUCACUAUCUAAUUGUUCGAAAUUAGGGUUUCUUGAAGCGCAUGACAACAACUUUAGUGGGAAGUUGAAAAUUGACUUUGCAAAACUAAAAGAUAUGUAUUGGAUAUCCAUAGGUGGUAACAACUUUGGAUUCGGAGAAGCUGAUGAUAUGAAGUUUAUUGAUACUUUGAAAAACUGCAGAAAAUUAGACAUAUUGGACCUUUCAAGUUCCAAGCUUCAAGGAGUGCUGCCGGCAUCAAUCGGUAAUCUUUCUGAUCGACUCACUUACCUAAUUUUAGAUCAAAAUCUUAUAUAUGGAAACCUCCCUCCAAGUAUAGGAAAUCUAGCUGGCUUGACCACAUUAAUAUUAGCAAAUAACCGAUUCACAGGAAAAAUCCCAUCCACCAUUGGUCAGCUUCAAAAGCUGCAAGUUGCUGCACUAUUUAAGAACCAAUUUUCUGGGCCCAUUCCAGACACCAUAGGGAACUUAUCAUUGUUGACUAACCUUAGGUUAAAUUCCAACAGACUGGAAAGCCAUAUUCCAUCAAGCCUAGGAAAGUGUCAUCAUCUAUUAGAUGUAAACCUUAGUGACAAUAAAUUAAGCGGAAGAAUACCUAAGCAACUUCUUCAACUUAUAUCUCUAACCAUAGUACUAAAUCUCUCUCAAAACAACCUAUCUGGAUCACUUCCAACAGAGGUUGGCAAGCUCCAGAUGUUGACUUCUCUGGAUUUAUCUUAUAACAAUUUAUCAGGUAAAAUUCCAAGUAGCAUUAGUGGUUGCAUUAGCCUUGUAUUCUUAUCCCUCAAAGGAAACUUAUUUCAAGGCACUGUACCACCAUCAUUAAGUUCCCUAAGAGGAGUUUCGACACUCGAUCUCUCCCAUAAUAAUUUAUCAGGACAUAUUCCUCGAUUCUUGGAGCGGUUGAUCUUAUUAGAAUAUGUAAACCUAUCUUAUAAUGAUUUUGAGGGUGAUGUACCGGUGGUUGGAGUGUUCGCCAAUGCAAGUGCAUACUCAGUUUUGGGGAAUAGUAGGCUUUGUGGUGGCUUGGCUGAGCUUGAUUUGCCCAAAUGCAAGAAGACGACGGGAAAACAUCAAAAAAGGAUUCAUGUGUUCGUAAUAGGCCUUUUAAUUGCAUCCACACUUUUCACCGUUUUAUGCUUUUUGUAUGCUUGGUGUAAGAAAAUCAAAGACCAACCAUCUCGGUCUUCAGUGGACGAUGAACAAUCUAAACAAGUAUCAUACACAUACAAUCAACUUCUCAAGGCUACCAAUGACUUCUCCAAAGCCAAUUUAAUUGGUGAGGGUGGGUUCAGCUCUGUUUACAAAGGAACCCUUGAUGAUGAUGAUAAAUAUGUUGCUGUCAAGGUUAUACAUCUUCAAAACCAAGGUGCUCAUAAAAGCUUUAUAGCAGAGUGUGAAGCAUGGCGUAAUAUUCGACACCGAAAUCUAUUGAAGAUACUAACUUCAUGCUCAAGCAUUGACUUUAAAGGAAAUGACUUCAAAGCUUUGGUAUACGAAUUCAUGCCCAAUGGGAGUUUACAUGAUUGGCUGCAUUCAACUGAAAGUAAAUCAAGACUGAACCUUCUUCAAAGAAUAAAUAUUCUCAUUGAUGUCGCAUCUGCACUCGAUUAUCUUCACAAUCACUGUCUCCCAAGCAUCGUUCACUGUGACCUGAAGCCAAGCAACAUUUUGUUGGAUGAUGAUAUGGUGGCCCAUGUUGGAGACUUUGGUUUAGCUCGAUUUCUUGGAACAAAUUCAAACCAAAACAACACAAGUUGCAUUAGAGGAACGAUUGGGUACACACCUCCAGAGUAUGGUGUUGGGAGUGAGAUGACAAGUAGUGGAGAUGUCUACAGUUUCGGAAUACUAUUGUUGGAGGUGAUGACAGGGAAAAAGCCAACGGAUAACAUCUUCAACGAAGGCCUUAGCCUUCAUAAAUUUGCAUACUUGGCGUUGCCAGAUCAUGUAACUGAUGUAGUUGAUGAUGAUCUUUUAAAUUUUCUACAAGAGCAUGUUGUUCCUAAGAAAUGCACGUCAGCAAAUGCAAAAAUAAUAGAGGAAUGUGUUGCUUCAAUUGUCAGGAUUGGAGUAUCAUGCUCCAUGGAUUCACCACCACAACGAAUGAAGAUCAGAAUUGUUGCCCAUGAGUUGCAUCACGUUUGGGAUACACUUCAAAAUAUCUUACCUGCUCCUCAUACUUGA